AUGGAGACAGCAACAACACCAGCAGGACAGCCCAUAGUAUCCAGGGAAAAGACAGCUCCCUUUUUGAUACGGGCGUUUGUCAAAACUGGAGGAUUCCAUCGACUUGCGUUGUUUGAGGAAGGAAGCUUGCCUACAACUGACGAACAGCAAAUUUUCACUUGGAAGGAUGCUACUCUGCGCGAGGUGUUAACUACUCUCCGCAAUACUGCUCCUCCAACGCCUGAGUUCCGUCACCCUCUCGCACGAUACUCUUUCCGUGCUAUCUAUGCAGACUCUGCAAACAGAGGUCGUUUUGCCCAAAAAGAACUUGGCAUAGUCUACUCUCGUGAUAUCCUAGGUGAACCGGGAACUAUCGAUUCUCCUGCACCCCGAUUACUCGAAGAUACGGAUGGAGAGGCCAGGGAACCGAGCGAGCGAGAAAGAGAGGCACGUACUCUCGAAGAACUGAGAUUCGUGCCUGGGGACUACCUUUGCAUCUCCAUCAUCCUCCCAAAAAGUGUUACGGCGGCAGCCGCGUCUGGAGAAGUAGCGAUCAAAGGAUCGAGUGUGGGAGCGGCUCCUCCAGCUAACGGUUGGAGGUCAGGUGGUACGGCGAGAGUUGGAGAUGGAGGAUGGAGUGGUACUGCGCCGCCACCUAGCGCACCGGCUGGAAGGGGAGGCGGACACUGGAGAGGAGAGUCGAAUCCAGGACCUUCGGGACCUCGUGGACGUGGAGGACGAGGCGGAGAUUUUUCAGGGAGAGACCGUGAUUUAGAUAGGCCGAGAGACGGCGAGAGGCGUCCCCCUCCUCCAAGGCGCGAUUCACCUCCUCAUCGCGGAGGAGGAUGGGGAGACAGAGAUCGAGGUGGUCGAGGGACGAGGCGAUCUCCAUCGUAUUCACGCUCACGAAGUCCGGUAAGGCGAAAAGGGUCCAGAUAUGACUGA